ACUUCAUCAGAAAAAAUAAAAAACAAAUAACGUCUCCCUCUCAAAUUUCAGUCUACACGACGUUGUCGUUUCAUUCACGUCCCUGUAUUCCAUUUUGUUGUUGAUUGAAUGUCGCGGGGUUUCCUUAUGAAGCAAAUCGACUAGGGUCUUGGAAUUGCAGGUUAGUGAUGUCUCUUAGAUCACACGAAAGGGACAUAAGAGAGUCCGAGUUUUACGAGUAUGAAGAAAGGCAUUAUAACGAUUUGAAGAAGGAAAGAAUUAGAGUCAGAGUUUCAGGUUCAGUUUACAAAUGCCCCUAUUGUCAUGGGAGAGAUUACCAUCUCAGGGAGCUUCUCCAGCAUGCUUCUGAUCUUGGUAGAGGAUCAAGAAGAGGGACUCUAAAAGAGGAAGCUCAACACCUAGCUCUUGCAAGGUAUAUUCGGGGGCAUCUUGAUGUGAAGGAUAGAUCAGAGUCCUCGUCGAAAAGGUUCAAAACUGAACCUCCUGCCAUAUAUGACCAUAAUAAGGAGCAGCUAUUUGUGCACUCUGCCAAAAGGCCCAAAACUGAAUCUCUUGCUGAACAUGAUCAUGAUAAAGAGCAGUUGUUCAUCCCCUCUGCCAAAAGGCCCCAAAUUGAAUCUCUUGCUGCAUGUGAUCAUGAUAAAGAGCAGCUUUUUGUCCCCUCUGCCAAAAGGCCGGAAACUGAAUGCCAUGUUGUACAUGAUCAUGAUAAAGAGAAGCUGCUUGUUUGGCCAUGGAUGGGGGUUCUUGCCAAUAUACAAACCGAGAUGAAGGAUGGACGUCGUGUUGGGGAAAGUGGCUCAAAACUCAGGGAUGAAUUAGCUAGAAAAGGUUUCAAUCCUGUUAGGGUGCAUCCUUUAUGGAGCCGAUAUGGUCAUUCAGGAUUUGCCAUUGUAGAGUUCAAGAAAGACUGGGAUGGUUUCAGUAAUGCCAUUAUGUUUGAGAAGGAUUUUGAUUCGAAUCAUUGUGGAAAGAAGGAAUAUACUGAAACUCCAGUGAGGGAUCGAGGACAGAGGUUGUAUGGAUGGAUUGCCCAAGAGGAUGACUAUAAAGCCAGUGGUCUUGUAGGAGAUCAUCUCAGAAAGAAUGGGGAUUUGAAAAGUGUUGAUGGGAAACAAGCCGAGGACCAAAGGAAGGAUGCCAAACUUGUUUCCAAUUUGAAAAGCACCUUAGAGAGGAAACAUGACUGCCUUAGAGAAAUGGAGAGCAGAUAUAAAGAGACUAGUGCAUCUUUGAACAAGGUGAUGGAUCAAAAGGAAGCCAUGGAGAAGUCGUAUAAUGAAGAAAUAAGAAAAAUGCAGCAGAAUGAACAUGAUCAUUUUGAGGAGAUUUCUGUUGAGCAUGAGAAGGUCACGCGGCUACUACUAGCUCAGAGAGAAGAAUUGAAGCAGCGCGAGAAGCAACUGCAGCGACGCGAGGUGCAGAAUGAAAAUGAUCGACUGAAACUUCAUCACGAGAAGAAAAUGAAUGAGAGAGCAACCUUGGAGCAGAAAAGGGCAGAUGAAAGUGUGUUGAGGUUGGCAGAAGAACAAAAGAGGGAAAAGGAGAAACUGCACAAGAAAAUUUUUGAUCUGGAAAAGAAACUUGAUGCUAAACAAGCACUGGAGUUGGAGAUAGAGUGCAUGAGGAAUUCUUUACAAAUUAUGAAACACAUGGGAGAGGAUGAAGACCUUGAUGUCAAGAAAAAAAUGGAUACAGUUCGAGAAGAAUUGAAAGAGAAGGAGGAAGAACUGGAUGGAUUGGAGCAACUUAAUCAAGCCCUUGUCAUCAAGGAGCGCAAAACUAAUGAUGAAUUGCAGGACGCUCGCAAGGAGUUAAUCAGUUACUUGGGGCAAUGGACAACCCGUGCUUUUAUUGGUGUUAAGAGAAUGGGAGAUCUUGAUAGCAAACCAUUUCACGAGGCAAGCAAGAUAAAAUUUUUAGAUGAAGAAGCUGAUGAGAAAGCACUUGAGUUGUGUUCACUAUGGGAAGAUCGUCUUCGAGAUCCGAGCUGGCAUCCAUUCAAGGUCAUCCUUGACAAGGAAGGGAAUAGUAAGGAAAUAAUCAACGAAGAUGAUGAAAAUUUGAGAAGUUUGAAGAGUGAAUUUGGUGAUGAAGUUUGUAAUGCUGUGGUAACAGCAUUAAAGGAAAUGAACGAGUAUAACCCAAGUGGUAGGUACAUAAUAAAAGAGCUGUGGAAUUUCAAAGAGGAAAGGAAGGCAACACUGAGUGAGGGAGUGAUGCAUUUAUUAAAGCAGUGGAGACAGCUUAAGAGAAGGAAAACCUGAGAAUUACAGCUGGAAAGUGCUCUUUUGUCAGGCGUUUGGCCCUGUAAGUAUUCGCUGGUCUCCGCUUUUUGGUGUAUUUUGGAAUGCAGAUGUGUAUGCUGUUACCCUCGAACUUGUACGUGAUACACUUAGUUGAUGUUCAAUAUGUCCAUUACUUCACUGGGAAUCUGGGAUCUCGUCACUGUUAAGAUUUUAGUGAAGUAUACAGGUUUUUGAAAACUACUUUGUGUGAUCAAAUAUCUUGUAUUUCUUUCUUGUAAGCCAUCUGGAUGUGCUGGAAAUGUGUGAGCUGAUGUGUUUAAAAAAUGACAACUCUGAUGGUUAAUUUC